AUGAAGUCAGUUGGCUCUUUGGCUUUGGCCUGCUUGGGCAUGCUGCCAUGCGAGGCUUUCGGCGCUAAUGAUAUUCAUUACGCUUCCUCUGAUGAAAUUACGCUCAAAUCCAAUGGCAACGAGCCAGGUGUCACCAUAAUCGACUUUGGCGAGGCCUUUGAGGGCCACCCGACUUUCGAGGUUGUGUCUGCCUCCAACAACACGCUUUCUUUGGAAGUGUCGUACGCAGAGAGCUCCACUGCCCUCAACUUGUAUAUGAGUGAUGGUCCUAUCAAAUUGGCUGCAGCGAUGGACUCGUAUCGUGUCAAGCGAUACAAUAUCUCGAAGCCCAAGGUUUUUGAGAAUCGCCUUGUUCAGGGCGCUUUCCGUUAUCAGAAGCUGAACCUCUCAUCCGCUGGUGAGCUCCGACUUCGCAACAUUGGCGUUCGCCCAACUAUCCACACAACACCGAUCAGGGAUCUCCCAGGUUUCUUCGAAUCCUCCGACGAAGAUCUAUCACGUAUAUGGGUCACAGGCGCCCGCACAGUACAGCUUACCGAGAUCCCCAAGCACAGCAUCCCGGAUUUCUGGUUGGUUUCCUCAGAAGGUUCCCUCGUGGAAGCACUGACACCACAGAACUGGCCCGGCGGUGGAGCUUUGACUAGCUACAACAUCUCUGUCGAUGUCAAGCCAGUUACCGGAGCUUUUACUGUUGGUGUGCACUUGGACACUCUCAACAUUGGUCCGUACAUCGUUAUCGACUUGGUAGGUGGCCGCAUCACGGCUACCAACUCCAACGGUGACAUGAUUGCCGAUAUCAAGACCGAGCCUUAUCGCCCAACCGGCUUCGUUUCUGCGUUGAUCAGCGUGCAGGUAUCUAAAAUCACUAUCUCGAUUGAUAACAAUGUUGUUGCUUCCUUCUCGCAGACCGUUUCUACUUUCGGUUCCUUUGGCCUGGGCGCGCCGUUUGCUAACUCUGCCAUGUUCAAGAACCUCAAGGUCACGGAUCUGACUUCUGGUCGGGUAGCCUACAACAAUUCUUUGACUGACCGUGCAUUCCUAAAGGACUUUUUGAUGGGAGACAAUCCCCUGAAUACCAUUGUCGAUGGAUCUCGCCGCGAUCGCAUCGCGUAUAAUGGCGACCUGGACGUUUCCACCGGCGUCAACUUUGCUAGUACAUACAACAUGGAAUUCGUCGAGGGCUCUCUCAACUUGCUCGGCUCCUACCAGCUCAGCGCGGGGCCAUUUAUUCCCACGGCCAAGAUCCAGCAGGCUCCCCUUCCUUUCAAGAUUCCCGGCGAGCGUACUGGUCUCAUUGGAUACUCUUUCAACUUGGUCUGCGCCAUGGCUCAGGUUUACUACAUGAGCGGCAACGAAACGUUCGCCAAGAAGUGGGCACCUUCUAUCGUGUCCAUGCUCAACUGGGCUGAUUCAAAGCUUGAAAAUGACCGGUGCCAGCGCAAAGUUCAACAACCUUACGCAUACUCUCUGCAGCAGAGCACCUCGAUUCUGAAGGCUGUUGGUGUAGACACUACACUCUAUGAGACCCGCUUGACCAACUUGCGCAAGGCCAUUAACAAUCGUCUGUGGAACCCCGAGCUGGGAGCCUACUCGCUGUCUUCCGAGAUCAGCAACGGAUUUGCCCAGGAUGCACAGGCCUUUGCCAUUUUAGCCAACGUUCCACAGUCGGGCAACAUCUCUGCGGCAGCUCUCCUGCAAACAAUGGAGAAGAAGCUCCUCUUGAACGCCGGCCCGUUGGCGUUUUCGCCUGAGACUGCCGAGUACGGCUUCGCUCGUAAAAUUAGCCCCUACGCUUCCUCCUACCACCUCCGCGCGGCCUUCGAUGCUGGUGAGAGUGACUCCGCCAUGAGACUGCUCAAAACCCUCUGGGCUCCAAUGGCUGAUCCUCUAACAUGA